AUGUCGAACCAACAAGUCGGUGUCGUCUUUGAGAAGGUCAUCCAGGAGGUCUGUGACUCCUCACAGGUUGACUUCGAAGAAAGCGGUGUCGAUCAACAGACUCUGCACGAUCUGCGAAAGACCUGGCAAGCGAAGCUCUCUUCGGUCAACGUUGCUGACUUCCCCUGGGAUCCUGCCCCGCAGCAGCCUGCUCAGAACGCCAUCCAUCCUUCUACUACUGUCCCCUCUAAUGCUCCUCGACCACCACCUCAGCAACAACAAUACAUUCCCCCACCCGUCUCCAUCCCUCAACAUGCUCCCCCGCCAAUGCCGUCUUCCAUGCCUAUGGGAGGUCCUCGCAUUAAGACCGAGCCUGGACACAACAGCCAGCCUGGAAUGCCCCAAAUGAACAACCCCAUGCCCCCGCAUGGUAUGAACGCGCAGUCUGCUCGCGACCGGGCUGCGACUGCCCUUCAGCAAAAGUACGGUGCCGCCGCUGCGAAUUCUGUUAGUCAAAUGCAAGCCCAGGCACAGGCUGGACAAGGAUAUCCUCAGAUGCACCCCAAUGCCCAUGGACAGAUGCCACAUAUCAAACAAGAACAUGGCUACCCUCCUAUGGGAGGACAGACCGAUGGUGGAGAUGACCCCAUGACGGACUGGAAGGCCGAGGUCGCACGCCGCAGGGCGGCUGCUGAGAGUGGAGAGGGCGACCGUCUCCUUCGCGAGCACCUAAAGCAGCGCAUGAGCCAAUAUGAGGCCGGUGGUCUCAUGCGACCCCUAGAUGAGCAUGAAUCAUCUGCUAAGAUUGCCCGCCGUGCAGCCCUGAGCGCGUCCCUCAGUCAAAAUACUACCGAGGCAUCUGCGGUUCCUCGAAUGGCUGGCCAAUUUGAUGGCGCAGACGGCGAGGUCAAGGAAGAAGAUGAAGAUGCCAUCAACUCUGAUCUUGAUGAUCCGGAUGAUCUUAUUGCAGAUGAUCACGACCAAGACGAAUCAGAAGGCCAAGUCAUGCUUUGCACGUAUGACAAGGUCCAACGUGUGAAGAACAAGUGGAAGUGCACCCUGAAGGACGGCAUCCUGACCAGUGGUGGAAAAGAAUAUGUCUUCCACAAGGGCCAAGGCGAGUUCGAAUGGUAG